AACCAGAUAGACACUAUUAGUGAAGGGAAGGUCUGAUAGGGGUGUUUUUUGUUGUUGUUGUUUUUCCUCUUGUUAUCAUUUGUGCUUGGUAUUGUUCGGAAUACUCGCGGGUACAACAUUUGUAAAAGAUUCUGAUGCAAUGCAACACAUGAAUAAUGGUUGCCGGUGAACCUGGAGCCUAUCCCAGGGAACUCUGGGCACAAGGGCAGGGGACACCCUGGACGGGGUGCCAACCCAUUGCGGGGCACAAUUGCACACACAGUCACACACUACGGACAGUUUGGAAAUGCCAAUAAGUCUACAACACAUGUCUUUGCAAUGGGGGAGGAAACAGGAGUACCCGGAAGAAAUCCCUGAAGCACGAGGAGAACAUGCAAAUUCUGUGCCAUUCCCCCUAUAUAAUAUGAUAUGAUAUAAUGCAAUACCUACAAAAGACACAUUCCUUAGGCUGCCACUCAAGUGACAAGCAUUACUCAAAUUUUGUACAUUUUGAAUGUAUUAUUUCUGAGUGUAUCUCUAGUUAAGAAUAAAGACAAGGACUAAGUAGAGCAGGUUAACAUUGUUUGUACUUCUGUUACAUUAUUCAUAGGUUUGCUGUAGUUUGAUCUCCUUGGUGUCCUGCAAACGACGCAUGAAGAUGAGCACUAGCACUCCUGGUGUGUGUCAGUCCAGCACAGAGAUGUUAUAAUGUUCCUCAUGGAGAGAGACAGGCAGACCCCUGAAUACCAUGCAGCUUCAGUGAAAGAACUAACACAGACCUGGCAGAAAUGGUCUGAAGAUCACAAGGAUUAUCAGAAACACAAUCCAUUCACUAGUGAUGAGGUGAUGGCCUUUUGUCCUGAGUGGGGUCAGGAGGACUAUGGCCGACCUCCGGAGGGUUCUCGCACUGAACGCAGAGGCAAGGAAGCUCACUCCCAUAUUGCCAGAGAGGUGAUGGUGCUGUGCCAGAUUAUAAGAGAACUUGGGCACAGGCGAGAAGAUGGGAGACGGGAAGUUGAGUUUGGCAGACUGUUUGAACAUUAUGUCUCUAUUUCGAACAAGCUAGUGGGAGUGCUGCUCCGGGCACGGAAACAAGGGCUAGUGCAAUUCAAAGGGGAGAUGCUGUGGCAAGGAAAAGAUGAUCGAGUGCUUAUCUCACUGCUUCCAUAAACAAUUCUUAACAUACAAACAAAUUAUGACGAUUAAAAUUGUAUAAAGUGCUUUUGGAUAAGGCCACUAUCCUUGGUUUUUCUUUAAGUGAGUUCCCAGUUACAACAAAGAUUCAAAUCUGCCUUGAGUGGGCUCGGCUCAGUGACACAUGCAUUAAAGGAACAGUGUGUAAUCUUUAGAACCCACUGCUGUCUGCUCAGAAAAUUGAAACUACAAUGAAAACAUUUACAUGACUUCCUAUACCUCCCAGCUGCCUCUAACACCUCUACUAAAACUAUUCAUGCUUUGUCAGUUUCUGUUUAGGAUAAAUAGGGCAGCUGUGCUUUUGCUGGGGUUGGAGUAUGAUUUCAUACUCGGUUUAAGGCAUCCCAGGUGUCGUAAGUAAUCUAUGCAUGAAUAUUUGCAUGGAUUAAAAACGACAAUAUAUUCAUUUGUCCAUAGAAGAUACCAGUGUACGUUUUUCAUUAGACUACAAGCUGACGUUGCACAUUAACAUGACAAUCAUUUUGUAUGAUUUAUUAAUAAAAGUGGCAGGAUUUACAGUGCA